AUGAGCGCCUACCGCCUGAACGUGCGCGUCUUCUGGCCGCUGGCUGCCUGCUGCGGCUGCACGGCACUGCUGGGCCUGUGGCCGGCGCUGCGGAUGCGCGGCGGGUGGGGGGACGGCGCCUCGACGGCGCUGCCCAAGGGCGCGGCGCUGCUGCUGCUGCUGGGGCUGCUGGCCUGCGUGGGGCUGCGCGGCCGCCGCCGCCGGGCCCCAGUGGAGGGCCCCGUCCCAGGCAGCCGCAGGGGAGCCCAGGGUCCCGAUCCCGGCCGGCGCGGCCCGCUGGAGGCCUUCCACGAGCGCCGCCUGCGCCUCUCGCCCCACGUGCUGGGCCACAGCAAGGCGCACGUGGCGCUGGUGCUGGGCGAGCUGCUGCGCGCCGGCAAGGCGGCCGGCCGGCUGGCCCUGCGCGGCGACUUUGUGCGGGUGGGCAGUGCCUACGAGGGCCACAAGGUGCGCAGCCCCGACGCCUUCGACGUGCUCCUGCCCCUGCGCCUGCCGCCCGGCCUGGCCCUGCACCUGCAGCCCCAGGAGGGCCGGCGCGGCACCUGGCGCGGGGCCUUGCGCGUGGUGGCCCCCGGCGGGCUGAGCCGGGCCCUGUGCGUGGAGGCGGGGGGCGAGCGCCACCUGUCGGCCGCGCUGCUGCAGCGCUGGUUCCAGGGCCACGUCCAGCGCUGCCUGGCCGCCGUCCGCUCCCGCCUGCAGGAGCGUGCCAAGGUCAGCCUGGCCGUGGGGCCUGGCCGCCCGCUGGCCCUCCACGUGGCGCCUUGCUCCGACUACGUCUGCUGCCACCUCUCGCUGGCCGUCCGCCUCAUCCCCGCCGUCCCCUUGGGCGAGGCCCUCUACCUCACCCCCUGGCCUGACCCCCGGCCCGACGCCUUCUGGACCCUCGACGUCUCCCGGCAGGAGCAGCGCCUGCUGAGCUGGCUGCGGGAGCAGGCCCCGGCCGACGCCUGCCACCUCAAGUGCCUGCAGCUCCUCAAGGGCCUCCGGGACCUGGGGGGCCGCUCCCUGGAGCAGCCCCUGGCCGCCCAGUGGGGCCGGGUCCUCUCCUCCUACGUCCUUAAGACGGCCCUCCUCGCCCUUCUCCUGCGGGGACCCUUGCAGGCCUGGGCCGACCGCUUCUUGGUGGAGAGGCUGGAGGACUUGGUGGCCUUCCUGGCGGAGGGCCUGCGGAGACACCUCCUGCGCCACGUCUUCCUGGGCAACCCCGCCCUCCCUGAAGCCGUGGGCCUCCCCAAGUUCCUCAAGGAGGCCGCGCCCGUCAACCUGCUGGCCGACUUUGAGGGACCCACCUUGGACCGGGUGGCCGCCCACCUCCUGGACACUUGGCGGCAGGCGCCCAAAAUCAUCCGCAUGUACAGCGGCCACGGGUACCAAAGGACGCAUCCCGUCUGA